AUGCUGGAAAACGUUUUGAACCAUCCUCCCAAAGGCAGGAAUUGCUCUGCAGCGGAGUUCAGGUGCGGAGAUGGCAAGUGCAUCAAUGCUGGCUGGGUAUGCGACCAGUCGCCGGACUGCGACGACGGGUCCGACGAAAAGGGUUGCCCGGAACCCACUUGUGACUCCAACGAGGAAUUCAUGUGCUCGAAUGGACGUUGCGUUCCGAUCGGCUGGCAUUGUGACGGCGAAGCGGAUUGCUUGGAUGCCAGUGAUGAAAAAAAUUGUCCAUUGGUCAACAGCAGCUCCGCCCAAGUUUGCAAGAAGCAAGAGUGGAAAUGCAAAACCAUGCAAAUGUGCAUUCACAGUUCUUGGGUGUGCGACGGUUCGGCCGAUUGUGAGGACAAGUCGGACGAAGACGAACGACUUUGCAAACGUUACAACUCAUCCUGUCGAGCGGAUCAAUUCAAAUGCGGCGAUGGAUCGUGCAUCCCGAGUCACCUCCAGUGUAACGGGAAAACCGAGUGCAAUGACGGGGCAGACGAAAAAAACUGUAGAAUGUUGGAAAAGCUUCCGGAUGUUGGGGCAGAUUUUGUUUUCGCAAGUGUCCCUAAGUCGAAUCGUCCGCAUGUCGCGGUCCCAGUGUAA